ACACCCGACCGCAUUCCGCCGAAGCCAGGCCGCUUCGGGGGGAGGCGCCAACUCGUCGCGGCGCCGGAUCCCGGACAGAGCAACAACGGCGACCCAAAGGCGGAGCGGAUGCGGCUUGGGCCUGCGCUGAGCUUACUAAAUCAUAUAUUCUUCAGUGGAGCUGAGAAUUGAUCAGUCUGCUCUUCACAGUGAUUUGGAAUUUUCCGAUCCCAAGGAAAAUUAGACCAAGAUUUAAGAAUUUACAUUUAUCCUGGGAUUACCUUUCCAAACCUGAGCAGGAGGAUUCCCAUAAAAGGCCUUAUGGGACUGUGCAGGACUGAGUCCAUAUGGAAGAGGAACUUUCCCUUUUCUAUGGAGAAAGUGGCAAGCCAAUACAGGCUACUGUGUCAUCUUUGAAGAUGUUAGAUGUGGGAAAGUGGCCAAUUUUCUCCCUUUGUUCUGAGGAAGAACUGCAGUUAAUUCGUCAGGCUUGUGUUUUUGGCAGUGCUGGCAAUGAAGUUUUAUACUCUACAGUGAAUGAUGAGAUUUUUGUGCUUGGCACAAACUGUUGUGGCUGUUUGGGAUUAGGUGACAUCCAGAGCACUAUUGAACCUCGGAGACUGGAUUCUUUGAGUGGCAAAAAAAUAGCCUGCUUCAGCUAUGGCAGCGGUCCACAUGUUAUCCUUGCAACAACAGAAGGAGAAAUCUUUACCUGGGGUCAUAAUGCUUAUAGCCAGCUGGGCAAUGGGACAACUAAUCACGGUUUAGUGCCCUGUCAUAUCUCUACUAAUUUGUCAAACAAACAAGUGAUUGAAGUUGCCUGUGGGUCUUACCAUUCUUUGGUGCUAACAUCUGAUGGAGAGGUAUUUGCCUGGGGUUAUAAUAACUCCGGGCAGGUAGGAUCUGGAUCAACAGCUAAUCAGCCGAUCCCUCGAAGAGUCACUGGCUGCUUACAGAAUAAAGUAGUUGUGAACAUAGCUUGUGGGCAGAUGUGCUCAGUGGCAGUGGUGGACAAUGGGGAGGUCUACGUCUGGGGCUACAAUGGAAAUGGGCAGCUCGGACUCGGCAGCAGUGGCAACCAGUCAACCCCCUGCAGAAUCGCAGCUUUGCAAGGCAUUUGCGUCCAGCGGGUUGCCUGUGGCUACGCACACACAUUAGUAUUAACAGAUGAAGGCCAAGUGUAUGUUUGGGGUGCAAAUUCUUAUGGCCAGUUAGGCACUGGCAAUAAAAGUAACCAGUCCUAUCCUACUCCUGUCGCUGUGGAAAAGGACAGAAUUAUAGAGAUUGCGGCCUGCCACUCUACCCACACAUCUGCUGCCAAGACCCAGGGCGGGCACGUGUACAUGUGGGGCCAGUGCCGGGGCCAGUCGGUGAUCCUGCCUCACCUCACCAGCUUCUCCUGCACGGACGACGUGUUCGCCUGCUUUGCCACGCCCGCCGUCUCGUGGCGCCUCCUCACUGUGGAACCGGACGACCACCUCACAGUGGCUGAGUCACUGAAGAGGGAAUUUGACAACCCCAACACCGCAGACCUGAAGUUUCUGGUGGAUGGAAAGUACAUUUAUGCACACAAAGUCCUUCUCAAAAUUAGGUGUGAGCAUUUUCGUUCUUCAUUGGAAGACAGUGAGGAUGAUAUUGUAGAAAUGAGUGAAUUUUCAUAUCCUGUUUACCGAGCCUUCCUGGAAUACCUAUACACAGACAGCAUCAGCCUUCCCCCCGAGGAAGCAGUGGGAUUACUAGAUUUGGCUACAUUUUAUAGAGAAAAUCGUUUGAAAAAGCUCUGUCAACAAACUAUCAAGCAAGGAAUUUGUGAGGAGAAUGCCAUUGCUCUGCUCUCUGCUGCUGUCAAGUAUGAUGCUCAGGAUUUAGAAGAAUUCUGCUUUAGGUUUUGCAUAAACCAUUUGACUGUAGUGACACAAACUUCAGGCUUUGCAGAAAUGGACCAUGAUCUCCUAAAGAACUUUAUCAGCAAAGCAAGCAGAGUUGGAGCCUUUAAAAACUGAUCCUCACCUGCAGCAAAGAAUUUUCAGCAUUUCCAUUUUCCCUGCAAAAGCUGGAGAAUAACUUUUCUUUAAUAGUAUUUAUGAGCAACAGUUGGCUGAAUACUUCUGUUCUGUUAAAAGGAAGAUGGUGGUCAGUCUUUUUUAUCUGCUGAAAUCCAAAGCUGACAUAGAAGGCGUUAAAUGCUCUUAUCAGAUGUGACUAAACUCCAGGGGAAAAAAUUAAAAUAUCUUUUCAUAUUUACCAUUUCCUCUUUUGAGUAUCUUAAGUUGGACACCUUUAGCAUUUUCAUCUAAGUAUAUGCUAUUCUAGCCGAAUGUUUCAUUAUUUAACAGGCUGAUGAUAUCACAUACAUAGUCUGACAAGGAAUGCUGUCACUACAUUUCAGCAUCUUGCAGUGCUUUGCAUAUAGUAGGCACUCUAUUAAUUUAUUAUAAAUCUUAAGUAUGCCUUGAGAACAGCUUUAUUUGUGGGAUACUGGAUAAAGGAAUUACUUGCACAAAAACAAAUUUAAAACGCCCUGUAUUUAUUAAGGUUCAUAUUCUUUUGGUGUAUCAUUCUAAGAAAUAGUGGCUAAUUUACAGCAUGAAUUAGAAUUCACAAAAGGCCUUGGCAAUUAAAUCGUCAAAGGCCCAAGGGCUAACUUUAAUUUUCUGUUUACUCUGAGUCAUUGAUUUCUCAUAUGGGAUUACUGAACAUGAAAUAUUGUCUUUGAAUGAAUGUUAUUUCCAUGCUCAUCUGCCUUACAUAAUUGCUUUUAUGUUAAGAGAGAUUUGCCUCUGAAAGCAAAAAUGAUUGUUUUUCUUGUAGUUGACUUUUAUGUCACUAUAAAUCGGGUCUCAACCUGGCACAGUAUUAAGUAUUACCUGAAAAGGAACUAAUACUUAUAUUUCAUGUACAGCAUUAAGAAUAAUGAGAUAAAUUUAUACUUUUAACUUGUUUAGAUCAAAACAAGUUAUCCAAUUGCAAAAGAGAAACUGGAACAGGAUGUAGGAUGUGGUAUCAGAUUCGCCUAGUAUGUAUUUUAUAAUAAGAUAUUAUGUAAAGAAAACUCUUUUGGAAUUAGAAACCUUGUUCUGAUCCUGAACUAUUUGAUAAUAAAGUGCUUAUUUGCAGAUAAUAGAA